AUGGAAGAUAUGAAGAAGACAGCCAUCCAGCUGCCCAGGGGGAGGCAGAGGCCUAUAAAGACCGAAUGGAAUUCCCGAUGUGUCCUUUUCACAUAUUUCCAAGGGGACAUCAGCAGCGUGGUAGACGAGCACUUCUCUAGAGCUCUGAGCAGCGCCAAGAGUCCCCGGGUGGUGAGCCCCUCGAGGCAGAUUGAAGAUGUGAUCCUAAGGAAUGAUAGUGACAUGUCUCCAAGCCAGUGGCGUUUCUCUUCUCCAUGGACCAAGGCACAACCAGAAGUGUCUCCUGAAAACCAUGCCAUUAAUUGCAACCUGAAGGCAUCUGGUCCUGUGGCUGGGGACCAGUUCCUACAGUCCUUGACUGGGAGGCCCUCGGCUCAGCCUGGGGGUAUGUGGCAUUCCUCCUCCCUAGCUAGCCCCAACUCCCCAGAUCCUGGCUACUCUCAGGCUUUCCCCACUGGGCGUCUGGUUCCAGAGCCUGAUGGGAAAUCUGAGUCCCUUCGAAGUCUCUUCCCACAAGACAGAUGCCUAGCCAGUCCUCAGGAAUCUGCCACGAGGGAAGACUGCAACCCAGUCCAGAUAGCCGGAAGCACGGGAUUACUCCUCAACCUGCCUCCCAGCUCAGUCCAUUAUAAGAAAAUAUAUGCCUCCCCCAAUCGUGGACCUGCCAGCACCAGCCUUGCGAAUGAAAGAAGCCAGUCUCCAGGGAAAGGAAAAGAUCUGUUCUUUUAUUGA